GGAUUUUAGAUUGACGCGCACGCAUAUUGUUAUUUCAAGUAGCUGCGCGAUGGAAAAAUGGGUCUUGGCAGCCAUCUGCUUCGUUACUAUCACACACAUGAAGCUGCAGUUACGGAUGCUGCCGGAGAUUUACGUAGUUUCCGUCAGUAUCAAAGGCUUUGUAAAUACUCGAGAAGUUAUAUGGACGUACAGCACCACUAAAAUAUCAGAAGCCCGUUGCAGGUAUGACGUAAUGCGCUCAAUACAGGAAAUGUUCAUCACUUUCAACAGAACCGUGUUGUACAGCGGACAAAGGAUUACCACUGACCUACUUAGGCGGUUCAGCAGAAGGCGCGAAGAGCGUAUGUAUAUCAUCCGCAGAGGCCGAACACUGUCUUCAGAAACCAUCUUCUACAAGGCUCCGGACUCUUCUUGUGCAGUAAUUGUGUUGAAAUCUAUGAUUCAGAAUCGAAGUUGGUAUGGUGAUCUUCGAGUGAGAAAUUCUUCUAUCACAAAGGACCUAUUCCCAGAGUGCGAAAGGCGAUUCGCUCAGCUUGCGCGCUGCGGAAGAGUAAUUUAUAGUCCAAGUUGCUCACAGGAACUGCGUGAUACACUUUGAAGCCACAAUGUGUAAUGUAACGCUCGCCAAAAGCGCAACAAGGGGAGCCCCCAAGUGACACUAUUUACAUAAAUACACAGCGUCGCUGGCAUGCCAUGUGUCAAAUAAAUAAAGCCGAAUGUGUUGUUGCUGUCGCC